AUGUCGACACUAUCUGCCCUCCACGCCGCCGUCCACGUCCUCCUCUCCAAUCUCUUCUACCGCCUCCCAGAGCCCCAUGACUACAAGUCCCUCGCCGACCAAACCAUCAUCGUAACCGGCAGCAAUGUCGGUCUCGGCUACGAGCUCUCGCGGCACUACCUCCGCCUCGGCGUCGGCAAGCUCAUCAUGGCAGUCCGCAACGAGACCAAAGGCGAGACGGCGCGCCAAACCCUCCUCAGCUCGACAGGCCGCUCCGCCGGGGCCGCCGAAGUCUGGCUCCUCGACAUGGACAACUACGAUUCUGUCAAAGUGUUUGCGGCGCGGGCGGCCUCCCUCCCGCGCCUCGACGGCGUGUGCGCCAACGCGGGCCUGGCGCCCCUGAAAUUCACCGCCAGCGCGGGCGCCGAGUCAGGUCUCGAACAGACGCUCAACGUCAACGUCGUCAGCACGUUCCUGCUCUUCUUCCUGCUCCUACCCGCAAUGCGCGCCUCGGAGCAAUCCACGGGCGUGCGCCCGCACUUCUCCAUCCCCAACAGCGCGCUGCACUACACGGCGUCGGUGAAGGAGCUGACGCCGCGCAAGGGCACGUUCGCGCGCCUCAGCGAUCCCAAGCAGGCCGACAUGCCGGCGCGCUAUCCGCUGAGCAAGUUGCUGGUGUUGUGGAUUGUGAGGGAAGCGGCUUCAAGAGGGGUCUCGAUGCCGGUUCUCAACACGCCGAACCCGAGUUUCUGCCAGUCGGAGCUGAUGCGCGAUUACGACGUUGGUCCCGUCACAAGAUUUCUAGUGCCGUAUCUGGCGAGGACGACAGAGGUGGGGAGUCGUGCGCUGUGGCACGGCAUGACGGCGGGUGAGACGAGUCAUGGGCAGUACCUGACCAAUUGCCAUGUGCAAUCACCCGCUCAUUUCGUGAACAAUGCCGAAGGCCAGCUCAACCAGAAGCACGUCUUCGAAGAGCUGGUGGAGACUCUUGAAGAGAUCCAGCCGGGGGUCACAUCCAGCCUGACGACACCGCAGGUGGCGGCACGGAAGUGA